UUAACCUUUAAUACAUUUUCAGUUCCAAAAAAAUUUGAUAACUUCUGUUUUGUACCUGACUUCCACUGCUACAGUAUGUGGCUCUGAGCCAGCCAAAGAUUCAUGAUCUGUUGACUACACAGAUGUUUGGGAGCUGAUCAUGCCUGCGCAUCUGUAGUUGGGACAGUUCAACGUUUAAAAGCAGACUGCACAGAUGGUUCUGGACAUGCUUUUUGAAUUGUGUACCUUUGUAAUGUUUUGGGGGGAUAUCAGAGGACAGCCAGAAUUUGUUACCAGACUUGUAAAUCGUACAGAUCUUUGUACUCCAACUAAACCUACCCAUCCAUUAGCAAGUAUACAGAGAUACUGUCCUGGCAAUUGUGCAUCUUUCUCCUUUGACCUUAGCAGUUUGCAUGGCAAGUUGUGCCAGAAUGAGGCCUGUCCAGGGACCCAUGCAAUAAAAGUUGUCGAGAUGUCCACAGAAGGAGGAUUUGGUGGUACUAGCAGCAGUGAUGCCCAGCAAAGCCUACAGUCGUUCUGGCCUCGGGUCAUGGAAGAAAUCCGGAAUUUAACAGUGAAAGACUUCCGAGUACAGGAACUCCCACUGGCUCGUAUUAAGAAGAUUAUGAAACUGGAUGAAGAUGUGAAGAUGAUCAGUGCAGAAGCGCCUGUACUCUUUGCCAAGGCAGCCCAGAUUUUUAUCACAGAGUUGACUCUUCGAGCCUGGAUUCACACAGAAGAUAACAAGCGCCGGACUCUACAGAGAAAUGAUAUCGCCAUGGCAAUUACAAAAUUUGAUCAGUUUGAUUUUCUCAUCGAUAUUGUUCCAAGAGAUGAACUGAAACCUCCAAAGCGUCAGGAGGAGGUGCGCCAAUCUGUAACUCCUGCCGAGCCAGUCCAGUACUAUUUCACGCUGGCUCAGCAGCCCACCGCUGUCCAAGUCCAGGGCCAGCAGCAAGGUCAGCAGACCACCAGCUCCACGACCACCAUCCAGCCUGGGCAGAUCAUCAUCGCACAGCCUCAGCAGGGCCAGACCACACCUGUGACAAUGCAGGUUGGAGAAGGUCAGCAGGUGCAGAUUGUCCAGGCCCAGCCACAGGGUCAAGCCCAACAGGCCCAGAGUGGCACUGGACAGACCAUGCAGGUGAUGCAGCAGAUCAUCACUAACACAGGAGAGAUCCAGCAGAUCCCGGUGCAGCUGAAUGCCGGCCAGCUGCAGUAUAUCCGCUUAGCCCAGCCUGUAUCAGGCACUCAAGUUGUGCAGGGACAGAUCCAGACACUUGCCACCAAUGCUCAACAGAUUACACAGACAGAGGUCCAGCAAGGACAGCAGCAGUUCAGCCAGUUCACAGAUGGACAGAGGAACAGCGUGCAGCAAGCUCGAGUCUCUGAGCUAACGGGAGAGGCAGAGCCCAGAGAAGUGAAAGCCACAGGAAAUUCAACUCCCUGCACCUCUUCCCUGCCCACCACACACCCCCCCUCACACCGGGCUGGUGCCUCCUGUGUCUGCUGCUCCCAACCCCAGCAGAGCUCCACUUCCCCUUCUCCUUCUGACGCCUUGCAGUGGGUGGUGGUUGAGGUAUCUGGGACCCCCAACCAGCUCGAGACCCAUAGGGAGCUGCAUGCCCCUCUCCCAGGGGUGACCUCACUCUCUCCUCUCCACCCCUCGCAGCAGCUCUACCAGAUCCAGCAAGUCACCAUGCCUGCGGGCCAGGACCUCGCCCAGCCCAUGUUCAUCCAGUCAGCCAACCAGCCCUCCGACGGGCAGGCCCCCCAGGUGACCGGCGACUGAGGGCCUGAGCUGGCAAGGCCAAGGACACCCAACACAAUUUUUGCCAUACAGCCCCAGGCGAUGGGCACAGCCUUCCUCCCCAGAGGACCCGGCCGACCUCAGCGCCUCCUGCAGGCUAGGACACUGGUGCACUACGCCCCAUGCCUGGGGGCCGAGAUUCUCCAGCAGAAAGAUGCAAUAUUUUUUGUUUCCUUUUUUUCCACUUUUUCUCCAAGGAAUCAAUAUUUCAAUAUGUUGAGUGUGUGUCCAAUGCUAUGAAAUUAAAAUAUUAAAUAACAUAUUUAUGGCAUUUUCUUGAAGAGUGUGGUUGAAGAAAUAUUUCUCCUUUUGUUUUUCUUUUUUUUUUGUUUGUUACUGCCACUUCUUUUUAGGAGCAAAUCUCCCCAGGGGUGUACGGUAUUUCUUGACUCUUGGAACAGCUGCUACCCGCAAGACUUGCCACGUUGUUCUGCCCUCAGAUGGAAUUAGGUGAAUGUGUGUAGCUGCUUUUUCACUCGUGGUCCUCUCCCCAUCCCUUGCUCUGACCCCAGAGCUCUGUGUAUUUGCAUCCAGAGGCCAUGGAAACAUUCCUUGCGUUUAAGAGACAGCUUUAUUCCCCGUGGAGAGUGGGUGGAUUCAUUGCCACACUCUUUUCUCCCAGGGACCCAGGAAACUAGGACUUUGUGCGUUUGCUGCCCACCUCCCUUUUAUUUUUUAAAUGCAUUAAAAACUGUGCUAGUCUCCUUUGCAUGGACUUCAAGCUGCAUGAAAUGCAAUAAAUCUCAUUUUAGAUAA